GUAUUUUUUUUUCGGGUUGGGACUGUAUUGUGAGGGCUACUGUGUGAACACCAGGUGGGGGGGUCCAUUGACAAAACAAAACAAAACAAAAAAACACACACGCAAACUAAUCUCCCCCCCGAUCGGGUGCACACAUCCGGACUCUCUUUUUUCAAAUAUAUAGUUUUUAUUAAUUUAUUCUUAUGUUUUCUUAGUGAAUGUUUCACGCUCACACUCCGUGAGGGCAGAAAUGGCGGCCAACAUGUACCGGGUCGGAGAUUACGUCUUUUUCGAGAACUCCUCCAGUAACCCUUACCUGAUCCGACGAAUAGAGGAGCUCAACAAGACGGCCAGCGGGAACGUGGAGGCCAAGGUGGUGUGCUUCUACAGGAGGCGGGACAUCUCGCACAGCCUCAUUCAGCUGGCAGACAAACAUGCAAAAGAGCUUGAGGAGGAGAAGGAGAGCCCCGCCGAGACGGAGCUCACAGACAAACAGAAGCACCAGCUUCGACACAGAGAACUCUUCCUCUCGCGGCAGUACGAGAGCUUACCGGCCACGCACAUCAGGGGCAAGUGCAGCGUGGCCUUGUUGAAUGAAACUGAAGCGGUUCUUUCGUACCUCGACAAGGAGGAUACCUUCUUCUACUCGCUCGUGUACGACCCCACGCAGAAGACCCUGCUGGCUGACAAAGGCGAGAUCCGAGUGGGGCCACGAUUCCAGGCCGACGUGCCAGAAAUGCUCCCGGAGGCGGGUCAAGCUGACGACAGAGACCAGGCCAAACUGGAGGAGAAGCUCUGGGAUCCGGAGUGUCCGCUCACCAACAAACAGAUCGACCAGUUUCUUGUGGUGGCGCGGGCGGUUGGCACCUUUGCCCGGGCGCUCGACUGCAGCAGUUCGGUCCGACAGCCGAGCUUACAUAUGAGCGCGGCGGCGGCGUCACGUGACAUCACGCUGUUCCACGCCAUGGACACGCUGCACGCGCACAACUACGACCUGUCGAGCGCGUUGAGCGUGCUGGUGCCCGCGGGUGGCCCCGUGCUCUGCCGGGACGAGAUGGAGGAGUGGAGCGCCUCGGAAGCGGCCAUGUUCGAGGAGGCGCUGGAGAAAUACGGCAAGGACUUCAACGACAUCCGACAAGACUUCCUUCCCUGGAAAUCUCUGACCAGCAUCAUAGAGUACUACUACAUGUGGAAGACCACAGACAGAUACGUACAACAGAAGAGGCUGAAGGCGGCCGAGGCCGAGAGCAAGCUGAAGCAAGUUUAUAUUCCCACAUAUAAUAAGCCCAACCCCAACCAGAUCUCGCUGACCAACGGCAAGAUGGCAACCGUGAACGGCGCAGGGCCCGGAACCUUCCACGCGGCUGGCGGGGGUCGAGCCUGCGAGAGCUGCUACACCAUGCAGUCUGCCCAGUGGUACUCAUGGGGGCCCCCCAACAUGCAGUGCCGCCUGUGCGUGUCCUGCUGGAUGUACUGGAAGAAGUACGGCGGCCUGAAGAUGCCCAGCCGAGCCGAGGCGCCCGAGGAGAGGACGUCCCCGAGCCCGGCUGCCAACGAGCCGCGGUCGCGGAGUCACGCCCCGCGCCAGUCCAACCACAUUCCCAUGCGCAACAGCGGCAGCCCCAAGUCGUCCAUGAAGACCAAGCAGGCCUUCCUGCUGCAGGCCACCCGCCUCACCAAGCUGGCGCGCCACAUGUGCCGCGACGUCAUCAGGCUGCGCCGCGCCGCUCGCCGCCCCUUUGUCCCCAUUAACUGCGGCGCCAUAAAGGCAGAGUAUGUCUCAAGGGUGUCUGAAGGUCACGGGACCCGGCUCCCCAAAAUUCGAGCGGCGCAGCGCAGCACACUGACAAGCGUGGUGCAGUUUCUAGAGUCCCGUCCGGCAUCCCAGGCGCCGCGUUCGCACCGUACGGCCGGCCUGCAGACGCCUCCGCCGCGCCGACUGCUGUCCUCGCUGCCGCACGGACCCCACGGCAUGCUGGGAAAGCGCAGUUUUCACCACCACAGCAGAGGAGCCGAGCAGGACAGGCGCUCGGAGAACCCCGGAACCACAGGUGGCGCCUUACUGCACAACGGGCGCAGCAGCAGCGGGGGAAGCACUCGCGGAGGCGUUAUGAUCCGAAAGCGGCGCCCCAACUGGAUCGACGCCCCGGACGACAGCUUCUUCCUCGUCACCCGGGAGACCAGGAGGGCGAGACGGCUGCUGUCACGCUCGCAGCUCCGGCAUGCAUGUCGGCAGCCUUGCGAGCAGAUCACCCUGCGCAGGGCCUCGCAGGCGCCUCCACCGCAGGGCCUGGUCCUGGGGCCCCCGCACCCGCAUCCCAGCUUGAGGAUGCGAGGCCCCAUCGUCAUUCACGACUGAACCGCCGCAUUCUCUCCCUUCUUUUUCUCUCGUAACAUCAGACCCGUUCAGUCCUCGGCAACCGUGAGCCCCCCCACACACACACACAUACACACAAACACCUGUCCCCUUUUGUCUCCUCUUUAAAACCCGACUUGCCAAUAUAUUAGGUAUACCUUUGAUUGGAAAAAACAUGUUACCACAUAAGCAUUUUAGUACAUCAAAGUGUGCGUGUGAGCUUGUGUUUAGGUAUGUGUGUUGUCAUGGCAACAACGGGCCAAAAUGCCAAAUUGUUUUUUAGGAAUGGGCAUAUGAACUUUGUUUGUUGAUUGUGACUAGUGAUGUUGGUUUGUAUAAAGUUUUUCGUUUCAGGGGAGGACUAAAGCUUAAAAUGGUUUUAACUGGGUUGACUGUUUUUUUUUUUUUUUUUUAAAUCAACCCCACUAGAAUCCAUUCGGGAAAAAAAAAGAAUUAAAUUUCCCUUUAAAAUCAAAUAAAGUCUCAUCCUCAGGCACGUAUUUAAAUAUGUAAUAUAAAAUGAGCAGUGGCAUCAUUAGCGUUAGCCAAUAUAGACAAGGCAAGUUACAUUAAAGGCACUUUUAAAAGACAAAUCCACAUAAUUUUUGCUGGUUAUUUUUUUUUUCAUUCACAACAUUUGGGAGAUGCGCACGCAUCAAUAAACAUGAAUCCCACAAGCUUAGCACACCUUUCUUUGGUCACUUUUGUCCAUUCUGUUAAUAAUUUUCAAUAAAUAUUCAAAUAAUUCGUGUUGUCAUCGUAGGAUUCCUGAAUGAUAUUUUAAAGGCCAAUCAUGUUUUAGCUCCCCUCUAGAGCUUGAACAGGUUACCAAGUUGUCUCUGAAACGCGGGACUUGGCCUACAACUUUUGUUAUUUAAAAAUGAAUAAAUAAAUCAGGCAUGACUUUCAGGUGACCACGACGGUCCUGUGAUUUCUUCAUUGAGAAUGUUUGUGUUUUCUCGUACGUAUGUCACGUGUUGAAUUCUGAAUAUGCUGAUGAUGGUCAUAAUAAAGCAAACGCCCUCAUCUUC